CCGAGGCUUGUACCUGCUCAAAUUUUGGCAGAAAGCACUGGUGCGGGCUUGCGAAGCGCACUACAGGAUGCACGCUUUCGCGACCACGUUGCUUCGAAAAGUUGCCUUAGGGAGGGCACUUCAUCUUCGGCAAUGGUGUUCCAGGCAACUGUCGCCAACGGCGCAUAAACUGACUUCAAGCUACUACUUUGAGCCACACACGUGCACUUUGAUGGGCAACACCUUCGGAGAUAUGAUCAACAGGGCGGCUGCGCAGUGGGGAGGAGAUGUUGGCUGGAUAUUCUCCAAGGAAUGCAAACACAUAACGUACGGAGAAUACAAGAACGACGUGGACAAGGCUUGCAGAGGUCUCUUAGCAGCUGGGCUUCAGAAGGGAAAUCCUGUGGCCCUAUGCUCUCCUAACACAUAUCACUGGUUAGUGAUGUACGGGGCACUGGCUAAAUCUGGGAUAGUCUCGGCAUGUAUUCACCCGUCAUGCACACCUAGCGAACUUGAAACGUGCCUCAAGAAGGCCGACUGCGCAGGAAUAUAUGUUCCGGAGUCCUUCGAGACGAUAAAGUAUUAUCAGCUGUUAAACGAUAUGAUUCCCGAGCUAAAGAAUUCGCCACCUGGUCAGCUGAGGUCCAAGAGGGGCUGCAUAAACCUUCGUGACAUAUUUGACGGCGGCAGCUCGGACAUAGUGGAAGUCGAAAAGAAUGUUAGCUUCGACGAUCCUCUGACAAUCAUUUUUACUUCGGGGACAACGGGGACACCGAAGGCCGCGGCGAUCUCUCAUCAUGGCUUCGUGAAUAACGUCGUGGCGUACCAUUACAGAAACCCGUUCGAUAGGUGCGCAGUGACUAUGGGCGGAACAGUUUGCACAACGGACUCCAGGAAGUUGGUGGGAGAGAAGUACAACGCCGCCGUUGUGGUGGGCUAUGGCGCUACAGAGACGUCCACAGUGGCGUGCGUGGCUGCGUAUACAGACCCAGAAGUAAAGAAAAUGACGACGGUUGGCAAGCCAUUACCGUUUACAGAGGCGAAAAUUGCUGAUCCUUUGACGGGUAAGGAAACUUCAAUCAAUGAGCCAGGGGAAGUGUGGAUUAGAGGCCACAAUGUUUUCUUGGGCUAUUAUGGCGAAGAAGCGAAGACGCGAGAAGUCAUCACUCCAGCGCGGUGGUAUAAGACUGGUGACAUAGGUACCAUGGAUGAAGACGGCUACGUCACCAUCACAGGCCGCUCGAAAGACGUGGUGAUCAGAGGUGGAGAGAAUGUCUACCCAGUCGAGGUGGAAGGAGUCCUCAAUGGUCAUCCUGAUGUACAUGAGGCUUUUGUACUAGGCGUGCCGAACGAACGAAUGGGCGAAGAGCUGUGUGCGUGGAUUGUGCCCAAGGAAAGCUCCAAUAUCAAGGACGAAGAGCUUCGGGAGCAUUGUAAAGGGAAGAUAAGUCGAUUUAAAACACCAAAGUACUUCGUCCACGAAAGAGAGUACCCGAAGACGUCGAUAGGGAAGCCUAAGAAGCAAGAAAUGCGUACAUUGGCAGUGAAGAAACUGGGUCUAUAAAGGCUCCUACAGACAGUUCCUUUGGCUUGACUUCGCUGAACUGCAUCAUCCUCAUUCAUCAUUUAAAAAUAUUCUUCAAGCUUUCGCUCUGGCGAUGUACCAAAUAAAAAGAAUGCCAUUUUGGUUAAA